CCCGCCCUGACCCGAGUGAGGGGGCGGGUCUGGGCAGGAGCUGACAACUCCGUCUGCGCCUGCGCUCUCCCUGGUCUUUUACGGCCGCCGGAAAGAAGCUCUGCCUUCCGCUGCGGCUUCGAAGGGCUUGGUUGUUCCUACCACCUCGAGGCCAUGGAUGCACGGUUCACGAGGGGAAAGUCGGCUAUCCUGGAGCGGUCACUAGUGAGGCCCAAGACGGAGGUGAGCCUGAGUGCCUUCUCCCUGCUGUUCUCGGAGCUGGUUCAGUAUUGCCAGAAUCGUGUGUACUCUGUGGCAGAGCUGCAGGCACGGCUGGCAGAACUGGGUCAGCAGGUAGGCGCCCGGGUGCUGGAUGGCCUGGCCACACGGGAGAAGGGCGGCCGACGGGAGACCCGAGUACUGGGUGCACUGCUAUUUGUCAAGGGUGCAGUGUGGAGAGCACUCUUUGGCAAGGAGGCAGACAAGCUGGAACAAGCCAAUGAUGAUGACAAGACCUACUACAUCAUCGAGCGUGAACCACUCAUCAACACCUACAUCUCUGUGCCCAAGGAGAACAGCACACUCAACUGUGCCAGCUUCACAGCAGGUGUAGUUGAAGCUGUACUCACCCACAGUGGCUUCCCUGCCAAGGUCACUGCCCACUGGCACAAGGGUACCACCCUCAUGAUCAAGUUCGAUGAGGCUGUCAUUGCCCGGGACCGAGCCCUGGAUGGCCGCUGAGCCAAGGACAGACUUGGGAAGGAGAGGGCCAGGCCCCUCUUGGUAUCUAUGAGCCAUGGUCCUUUGUACCCCUGUAUUGUACCUAUUGCCAGAUGACCAACUCCCCUCCUCCCCACGAUGUGAACCCUCAUCAACUUUCCUGGUUCUGACUCUCUCUGGGUUCAGUUACCAGGCCUUGUCUGUCUAUAGUUUCUGGUGCCAGGGGGGUAUGCUCCCUGGAGUGCUCAGGGACAAGGAGCUCAAGUUCUUGAUCAGGCUAAUCUCCAGAGUCUGGGUGGGGCCUGUUUUUAUUUUUUUAUUUUUAAUUUUUCUUUUGUGUCAUCUCCUGGAUGGUAUGGGGAUUAGAGGGGGUGGGAAUGGGGAGGGUCCAGUUCUUAUCACCCUGGGUUUCCUUAACCCAUGACUGUUUUCUUGGGGAACUCAGUGUAGGGGCUUCUGUACAUUGUCAAUUGAAAUGAGACCAGCCAGGGAAGACAGGCAGUUUCCCUUGAAGAAAUUCUGGUAUCCUCUUGUCUGGACCCUCAUCUGCUUCCUGGAUUGGGGCAGGGUCCCACAGGGUUCUAUCCCAUGACACACUGGCUGGGGACCAGAAGCUGAGCUGUCCCAGUGGUUCCUACUCUUGCUUGAGUAGGGGCAGUUCCCUUGAUCAGCCCCAUACCUGGCCAUUUAGUAUACAGUCAGAGGCAGAAGGUUUGGGUUUCUAUCAUAGUUCUUUGGUAAGAAUAUGGUCAAAUGUUUAAUCUCUGUCCAGCCCCAGGAUUCCUUGGUCUUUUCUCAGUUUCUGCCCCUUUCCCCUUCACCCAUCUAAGUCUUGGGUGAUAGUUCAGUCCUCAUGAUCUCUUUUGGGGCUCUGAAGACAGUGAAUUGCUGCUUAGAACAGUGUGAUUCUCAUUAAAGCUAAGUGUUCUUGAAGAUAA